CUACCUCCUCCUUCUUGUGUUUUACCUCUCAAGUUGAGAUGAUGUGUGCAUUUUUGAGUGGAAACUGAAGGACUGUGAAGCUGAAGUAGCUGGAGUGGUCAGCACUAAUUGGCUCAAAGACACGUUCCUUCUCUCUCUCUCUUGCUUUCUCUCUCUCUCUUCAAACGAGAGCACCAGAAGUUCUACCCAGACCUGAGGGCCAAGGAGUGCCAUGUCGAAUCCGUGUUCCGCCAUUCUGGAGCUGCUGGGUAUGGCCGUGGGGGUGGGGGCAUGGCUCUGCUCGCUUGGUGCUACAAUCAUGCCCAAUUGGCUGACCCUCUCCACUGAGCUGCUGGUCGUUGAGAGCUAUGAAGUCGGCCUGUGGGAGUCCUGUGUGGUGCAGGAGGGGGCAGUAACCGAGUGUCGUGCCUUUGAAAGCCUGCUGGGUCUGUCCCUAAAUCUCACACUGGCACGCAUCUGCAUGUGCAUUUCAGAUGCCAUAGGAAUUCUGGGCCUCCUGAUUGCUGUCCCAGGUCUGAGACUGGUGAAAAGUUGUGGGGGGUCACAGGGAUGGCGGGUGAAGCGCGGCAUCAAGAUCACGGCAGGGGUGAUGGGCCUGACAGCUGGCAUCCUUGAACUCUUUCCUGUCUCCAAUAUCGCCCAUGAGACCGUUUUGAAGUUCCAUGAUCACACAGUGCCUCAUACUGUGCCUCGCUGGGAGUUUGGCGACGCGUUGUUCAUCGGCUGGGCUGCAGGAUUUUUCCAUAUCAUCUCUGCAGUGUUGUUCUUCGUCUCAUGUUGCGGUUCGGAAGAGAACGAGAUGCACAUAGAGUACCACCAUCACCCAGAAAAGUUUCAGCCUGAGAACUCCUCAUCCAAAAAGCGUGUAGAGUACGUUUAGAAAGAGCUAGGAACCAUUCAGAGUGUUUCUAAUGUGACAGGACAGAUGAACUGAAGAAUUUCCCUCUAUAAUGUACACUACUCUCUCUUUUCUUUGGUCACUGCAGUCCAACAGGUAACGUUGAUUAACUCUAUGGGUAUGUGUUAAUAUCUCUGCACUGCACUCCAAUUAGUAAUAGCUUUCUAUUUUCAGCUGGUGUGAAUUAAUAUGCUUAAACUGCUUAAAGAUAUGUACACGUUUUUUUUUUUUUCCCCUAAGAGAUGUUUUCUGAUUUUCCAUCUAGCAGUGCAUAGUGUGCAGUGGUACAUAUAUUUGGUGAUAUAUUUAGAAUGUACAAUAAUAUAGUUUCAUAUUUACAGUGACAAAUCGUUUGAGUGUAUUUCUGUAGAUACUAUUAUUUACCUAGAUAUCAUACAUGUUAUUAGGUUACAAUAGUAAUAAAGUAUCUGCAAGAAAAACUGCUUGUUGGGAAAAUGAGCUCUUAAGAAACUGGUUCAUGUCAGUUACAAAUGCAGCUCUUGUAGUUUAGUUAUCAUGUGACUGGGAGAAAAAUAGCACCUGACCAACGUCUCUUGUUGAUUCAUAAUAACGCAAUAAUCAGAAUGAAAAGUCCUAUUUCGGUUGAAUGCAUGCAUGUCACUUGGUAAGCUCUUUGUGUAAGAAACGGGGUAGCUUUUGGCAGGGUUUGGAAGAAGGUUAAGGGUGUGCUUUAGUCUAAUUGCAUCUGAUGGUCUCUCCAUAUCAGCAAGUGGAUUAAGCUGCGUUUAAUGAAGCCCCUUACGAACAGUAUGUCCUAAUGAGGAAUGCCAAACAGAACCACCCUGCUGCCUCCUCUUUAUGUUGAUUACCCUGAUUUGACCUCAUGAAGGGUACUACUGGCCAGUUUAUCCUGGGAAAAACAUACAAGAGAAUGUGACUCAGAAAUGAGACAUUUGUCUCAUUCUUAGAAAAGAUCAUCACUUUUUCAGACUCUUGUCUUCACUAGGCUUUCAAAAACACAUUAACCUUAAAUGUGAGAUAAAAAAUGAUGGCAGAAUAUCAGUGCAAUGUUAUACUAUAAAUGCUUGUGUAUGAAUUAUACGAGAGUCAAUUUGAUUUAACUUUCUUAGUAUGUUGGAGAAAAAAGUUAAAUCCAUUAUGUUAUGGGUCAAAAUGACUUUGACUGUUUAAAUACACACAAAAACAGCAAAGAACAGCUUAAAACAGUAAACCUUUAUUAUGGCUUGUCUGAGACAAGCCAUAAGAAGAAAUAAUUAGAAAUAAGUUCAUGACCCUAAAUGAGGAAAGUCAAAAUAUUUAAUUUUUUUUGGAAAAAAGAGAAAAAGAGAGAUUAACUAGUAUUUUAGACAUCUCAAAUGUGGAAAUGGUUCAAAUUGACCCAUAACAUAAUAGGAGGGUUAAUGGUUUGUUUGUUUUGUUUUUUGUUUUUCACAGCCUGAAACACUUAAAUUCCAAGAGAUAAGAGAUAAGUGAGCAACAUGUUAUAUAGAAUAUACAUUUUGUAUUACUCACACAGAAAGCUUGAAGGAAAUAUUUGUCUCAACAAACAGAUAAUGAGUCUGUAUCAACAUGUUUGUCCACCCACCGGGAUUGUGUUAUUCUACAUUCAUUUGGGGCUCAUAUUUUGCCCAAUAAAGCUUUUGCUUCUCAUACAAAUAAAAACAUCAGGCCCUUU